AUGUAUACCAGUCUAUGUAUCCAACAGUCUGUGUACGAGAUCACCAGUAUGUCUAAAUGUCUACCAGUCUAUGUAUCCAACAGUCUGUGUACGAGUCCACCAGUAUGUCUAAAUGUCUACAAGUCUAUGUAUCCAACAGUCUGUGUACGAGAUCACCAGUAUGUCUACAUGUCUACCAGUCUAUGUAUCCAACAGUCUGUGUACGAGAUCACCAGUAUGUCUAAAUGUCUACCAGUCUAUGUAUCCACCAGUCUGUGUACGAGAUCACCAGUAUGUCUAAAUGUAUACCAGUCUAUGUAUCCAACAGUCUGUGUACGAGAUCACCAGUAUGUCUACAUGUCCACCAGUCUAUAUAUCCACCAGUCUGUGUACGAGAUCACCAGUAUGUCUAAAUGUCUACCAGUCUAUGUAUCCAACAGUCUGUGUACGAGUCCACCAGUAUGUCUAAAUGUCUACAAGUCUAUGUAUCCAACAGUCUGUGUACGAGAUCACCAGUAUGUCUACAUGUCUACCAGUCUAUGUAUCCAACAGUCUGUGUACGAGUCCACCAGUAUGUCUAAAUGUCUACAAGUCUAUGUAUCCAACAGUCUGUGUACGAGAUCACCAGUAUGUCUACAUGUCUACCAGUCUAUGUAUCCAACAGUCUGUGUACGAGAUCACCAGUAUGUCUAA